AAGCGACGCCGAGCGCACACGCCUGGGGUCACCGCCCGAUAACGAUACGUACGGCUCCACUCCGACGCGAUUGGUAACCAGCUGACAACUGCACCCACGUCCUCCACCGCGACCCACCGGGCAGGCGAUAAAACCCCUGGCCACACGCGGCGGCACCCCCACCCACUCCACUCCGUUUCAUUUCCCACUCCCCUGCCCCCGCGCCUCUCCCCGACUCCCUCUCCGUUUUCCGGCGAACUCGCGGCUAUCCGGAAGAAACAGGCCGGCCAUGGAGGGCUACGACCGCGAGUUCUGGCAGUUCAGCGACCAGCUGCGCCUGCAGACGGCCGCCUUCUCGGGCCUCUCCCUCGGCGACUCCAUCUGGUCCCCGGCCGCCGGCGCCGGCCGCCGCAACUCCUCCCAGCCCGACGCCGGCCUCUUCGCGUCCCCUGCGCCCGCCGACGCCGCCCUGGCGGCCGCCAAGAACAACCUCAACGGCGGCGGGCCGGGGCUCAUCGGCUCCGGCAAGCUGGCCUUCGGCGCAACCACCACCAGCAAGGCCGACCGCUACAACAACCUUCCCACCGACAAGGCCGCCGCCGCCUACAACAACAACAACAUCAACAGUGGCUAUGCCAAGAACAUCAGCAGCAACGGCUUUAAGAUGGGCUACAACAGCAACGGUAGCAGCAACAACAGCGGCGAGGUGAAGAGCUACUUCAACAAGUCCGCCGGGAGGCCGGCGAGCAACAACAGCAGCAGCCACCACGGCGGCGCCGGCAAGAAGCACGGCGGCGCCGGCGACUACGGCAAGAAGAAGCACGCCAAGAACGAGGGCGGCGGCAACAACAACGGCGCGGCGGCCGCGGACAAGCGGUUCAAGACGCUGCCGGCGUCGGAGGCGCUGCCGCGGGGCGAGGCCGUCGGCGGCUACAUCUUCGUCUGCAACAACGACACCAUGGACGAGAACCUCAGGAGGGAGCUCUUCGGGCUGCCGUCCCGGUACAGGGACUCGGUGCGGGCCAUCCGGCCAGGGCUGCCCCUCUUCCUCUACAACUACUCCACCCACCAGCUCCACGGCAUCUUCGAGGCCGCGAGCUUCGGCGGGACGAACAUCGACCCGACGGCGUGGGAGGACAAGAAGUGCCCCGGCGAGUCGCGAUUCCCCGCACAGGUUCGCGUGGCGACGCGGAAGAUCUACGACCCGCUGGAGGAGGACGCCUUCCGCCCCAUCCUCCACCACUACGACGGGCCCAAGUUCCGGCUCGAGCUCUCAGUUACCGAGGCCAUCGCCCUCCUCGACAUCUUCGCGGACAAGGAGGACGCCUGAAUGCCUGACCGAUCCUUCGUCAGGCCGCCGCGGCCCCCAGGGGGCGCCGCCGAGCAACAAAUAAAAGCAGACAUGCACAGUACAUGUCACAAGACACCGGUAUUAGCAUUGUUAUCAUGCACACCUUUGUUUGAUGUGAGGGCUAUGAGGCAUGCGUCCCAUUGCUUUGUUUUUAUGAUGACACUAGCGCGACGAUUUGCAGAGGAAUAGCCCUCGUUUCUCCUCUUGUACUGUAAGUUGUAGACAUGUUCGGACCAAGUGCCAUGUACAAAUCACUUUGAGAUCUGUUCCUGUGUUGUAAACCUGAACAUAAUGAACGGUCUUGCUCUGUUCGUACA